AUGCGUGGGUUCAAAAACAACAAAAUCUACACAUACAUAGGCGAGGUGCUGGUUUCCGUGAACCCUUACAAAACCUUGGACAUCUAUGGCACCCAGCAGAUGGCGCAGUACCGCGGCCGGGAGAUGUUCGAAGUACCUCCUCACGUAUACGCCGUGGCCGAUGCGUGUCAAAGAGUACUCAGACAACAGGGCAAAGACACAUGCGUUCUCAUAUCAGGCGAGUCAGGAUCUGGUAAAACAGAAGCAUCCAAGUUUAUAAUGAAGUACAUAGCAGCUAACACAACACAAGUGCACAGGGAUUAUAUUGACAGGGUCAAAAACGUCCUAAUUCAGUCAAAUUCAAUAUUGGAAACCUUCGGCAACGCAAAGACCACACGCAACGACAACUCCUCACGUUUCGGCAAAUACAUGGACAUACACUUCGAUUAUAAAGGAGAUCCAGUCGGAGGUCACAUAAGCAACUAUCUGCUGGAGAAGAGUAGAGUAGUUAGCUUGCAGCCAGGCGAAAGGAACUUCCACUCGUUUUAUCAGUUCUUAAGUUCAAACAACCCAUUAUUGAAAAAAUAUAGCCUAAGCUCAAGUUCCUCAUACAAGAUACUGGGUAGCGAGCGAGCCACAGCCCAGGACUCAAAACUGUACUCCGUAACCAACAGCGCUUUCAACGCACUCGGUUUUGAGUCCUCAGUCAUUGAUGAUAUUUGGAGCAUCGUGGCGGGGGUGACACUAUUGGGCGAGCUAACAUUCACAGAGACACAAGACAACCACCUCAACAUUGGCGGCCCACUGAAACAGUGUGUGAACGCCCUGGGCAUAUCUGAACAAGCAUUGCGAACAUCCAUGGCAGGGAGGGUACUGUCGGCUGGUGGGGAACUAGUCAGCAAGGAGCAUACUUUGUCAGAUUCCAACUAUACAAGGCUUGCUUUGGCGAAGGCUGCUUAUGAUAGGCUGUUUACGUGGAUUGUUCAACAGAUAAACAAAGCCAUCGAUGUUCCAGCUGGCACUUAUAAGAGCACACUGAUUGGUGUUUUGGAUAUCUACGGGUUCGAGAUCUUCGAAACCAACAGCUUCGAGCAGUUUUGUAUCAAUUAUUGUAACGAGAAGCUGCAACAGCUGUUCAUUGAGCUUGUGCUGAAGCAAGAACAAGAGGAAUACGCCCGCGAGGGUAUCCAGUGGACGCCCAUCAAGUACUUCAACAAUCGCGUGAUCUGCGAACUGGUAGACGCACCUCACCAGGGUAUUAUUGCCAUCAUGGACGAGGCCUGCCUCAAUCCAACUAAGAUAUCAGACCAGCAGUUAUUGGAAGCCAUGGACCGACGCUUGAAUGGACACAAACACUACACAUCGAGACAGCUCGCACCCACAGACAAAAAACUUAAACAUGGCGUCGACUUUAGAAUCACUCACUACGCGGGCGACGUGACGUACGCGUGCACCGGCUUCAUGGACAAGAACAAGGACUCGCUGUGGCAGGACCUCAAGCGCCUGCUGCACUCCUCCACCAACGCCUCGCUCUCCAACAUGUGGCCGGAAGGGGCUACCAACAUACAGAAGACGUCGAAGCGUCCUCCGUCGGCCGCGACGCUGUUCCGCAACUCGAUGUCGUCGCUGGUGUCGGGGCUGCAGAGCAAGGAGCCAUUCUACGUGCGCUGCGUCAAGCCCAACCCUCUACAGACGCCCAGCACCUGGGAUGACCAGCUGGUACGACAUCAAGUCGCGUACCUUGGCCUAGUGGAGAACGUUCGAGUGCGUCGCGCCGGGUUCGCGUCCCGGCAGAGGUACGAUAGGUUCCUCAAGCGGUACAAGAUGCUAUCACAGUACACGUGGCCCAAUUUCCGCGGCAACUCGGAUAAGGAUGCUGUUAUGGUGUUGCUGAGAGACCUUAACGUGACAGAUGUACAGUUUGGACACACGAAACUAUUUAUAAGGAGCGCCAAGACCUUACACAGCCUGGAGGCUGCUCGCGCUGAGCUGAUCCCGUCCAUUGUCAUCCUGCUGCAGAAACUGUGGCGCGGGACCAUCGCGAGGAUGAGGUACAAGAAGAUGAAAGCUGCUUUAGUUAUAUUCAACGCUUGGAAGCGCUACCAGUACCGGCGCUACAUCGGCUCGCUGCAGGCGGAGCUGGCGCGCGGGCGCGGCGCGGUCCGGCGCUGGCCGCCCGCGCCGCGCCGCGUGCCGGGCGCGCUGCUGCAGGGCGCGUACCGCCGCUGGCGCGCCUACCUCACGCUCAAGCCCAUCCCGCGCGACCAGUGGCCGCAGCUCAAGGUCAAGAUCUGCGCCGCCAGCGCGCUGCGCCGCCGCCGCGCCGACUGGGGGCAGGCGCGCGCCUGGGCCGGGGACUACCUCGCCGACUGCCACUACAACGCCAAGGCCGCUAUCUACCGAUCCCAGUUCGCGGCUCUCCAAAAGUCACAAAAGAUCGGGCGGCCGCUGUUCUCGUGUAAGAUCCACAAGUUCAACCGUUACAACAAACUCGCCGAGCGGUGUCUGCUCGUCACGGACUCGUUAAUAUUCAAACUAGACGCUAAUACUUUCAAGCCGCUCAAGAAACCUACGCCUAUCACUGAGGUUGGAGCUCUAAGGAUAAUGAGUUCUGAUGCUCAACUGGUAGUCAUUAGUAUACCUUCAGCGAAGAACGACUUGGUAGUGGGGCUCGUUGCAACACACGACCUCGUCGGAGAAUUGGUCGGCGUGCUAGCUAAUAGAUAUAAUAUGUUGACGUCGCAGGAGCUGUCGGUGGAGGUGGAGAGCGGCGCCACGACGCGCUGCACGCUGGGCGGCAAGACGCGCGCGCUGCAGGCGGCGCUGGGCGCGCGCGACCCCCUCGACCUGCCGCCCUUCACGCACGCGCACAACGUCAUCACCUACCACCCCGCCAGCGCGCGCGCCUAG